AACAAGAAUGUCGACAUUCGUCUGGGGGAGAUUGUGGUCAGCAAGCCCACUAACACCCACGGAGGGCCAUGAAUGACUUCUUUGCUCGCCACAGGUUUACCUUCAGAGUGAACAUAUUUCCUAGGAGGACUCCGAGGUCGGAAUACCCGGACAAUGACCGACAGUACCUGAAUAUCCUGUUCGAUCAUAAUAUAGGGUGGUUGAACAGGUUUGAGGAGGGUGUAGCUGAGAUUAAUAUUGGUAUUCUCAAUCUCUGGUCCAUCCUCGAGUUUCUCAAUAGAGAUCUAUAAUGUACAUAUGUGAAACGGGAUACUUCUCGAACAGGCGACCUAAGCAAAUUAAACGGUCCUCCUGACAAUGCAGAGUCCGAAUCUCGCUCAUAAGGUGACAUUGAUAGAUCGGUCUGACCACCAUUCCAAGCAGCCACAUAUGACAAGGAUGAAA